AUGGGCGUGAAAGUAGCAACAACCUCCACCUUCCAUCAAUGGGUGGCUCAUCCCAUAGUUCAUCACUCCUCUUCUCUUUCUCAAACCCUAGCUUCCUCCUCCAUUUCAUCUGCUUCAAGACGACGUAGCAUUGGACACGACGGACGGUCUCUCUCCUGUCGCUCGGUGGCGCAGAGCCAGAGGAUCAACCCUUCUCCUCUCUUCGGCACUUCUCCGCCGAAUCUCCGGCACUCCAAGUCCUGUGAGCUCUGGGAAUCAUCGAGACCGACUAAAACCCAGUUGAUCCGCAGAGCUUUUAGCGCGAGCGUCGAUCCGUUUUCCGAGGAGGAGUUCUCGAAAAAGAUGCAGGAGCUGGCUCUCAAGUUCCGAGUCUCAAACGAAGACGACGACGAAGAAACAGAGACGAGGAUCCAUGACUCGGAGCCGCCGGUGAGAACAAUCCACGACGCCAUUGAUGUUGCUCGAUCAGGAAGUCACUAUUUCAGUAUAAUGGACGGUGUUGAUAAAUCCAGUUCAUCAAGGUCGGAUUCAAUGGAACCUCCAUGGCCUGAGAUGGUGCAAAUGUCGAGCAUCGAGAGGAAAGCAAACAGCGUCGAUCUCCCUCUGUCUCUCCGGAUCAUAAAGAGAAAGCUACAAAUGGAGGAAGGGGUCAAGCAAGUCGGCGACUCGGCUUGCUGCUCUGUGAAGAGAGCCUUCUCGUCGAUGGUGUUUAUGAUCCGAGAGCUUCAGAGCUUCACGCUACACAUGAGAGAGCUUCUCCUCUUCGAAGAUUUGCAAGGGAUUCUCCUCCGCGUGCGGAAGGAAAUGCAAGCUUCGUUCGUUUGGUUGUUCCAGCAAGUUUUCUCUGCAACUCCCACGUUGAUGGUCUCUGUUAUGAUCCUUCUCGCAAACUUCACGGUUUACUCUAUUGGCAGCAACUCCGCCUUAGCCGCCGCAACGCCUCAUCCCCCAACAGCCACCGUCUCUUUCCUCUUCGAGACGACGGAGCUAAGUGAAACCCAAGAAUCCAGCAGCAAAUUCGAUCCCUCAACUGUACAGACAUUCUCUGUUUCUUCUCCUAUCGGGAAAACAUCUUUCGUCGGCGGCGGCAGCGGCGGCGGUGGGAACAAUAUCCCGCCAGUCCAAAGCGGAACAGACGGCGAAGGAUCUGAUCAGUUCAGAGUACCGUCUCAAUUCUCAUCGUCGUCCCUCGGCGCAACAAGUGCGGAUUCAAAUGCAUCUGUGUCUGGGCAAGAAGAGAUCAGACUGUGGAAUUCGAUCUUGGAGGAGUCGGAGAAAAUGGAAGCGUUGGAUCACGAGACGAUGAAGCAGAUGGUGUCUCCGGUGGAGGCUCGGUUAGAAGCAGAGGAGUCAAUGGAUUACUUCAAGACGGAGCUUCUCUACCAAACGGGGUUGUCUCAGCAGCCCGAUAACGUUCUCCUUCUUGCUAAUUACGCCCAGUUCCUCUACCUAAUCAUCCAUGACUACGACAGAGCGGAGAAGUAUUUCAAAAGAGCAGCAAAAGCAGAGCCAGCAGAUGCAGAGGCGCUGAAUAAAUAUGCAACCUUCUUGUGGAAAGCAAGAAACGAUAUUUGGAGAGCAGAGGAAACGUUCUUAGAAGCGAUCUCUGCGGAUCCAACAAACUCUUUCUACUCUGCGAACUACGCACAUUUCCUUUGGAACACCGGUGGUGAUGACACGUGUUUCCCACUCGACGCUCCACCGCAACAGAACACCACAUAG